AUGUAUUACGAAAAACCUUGCCAUUUGCUAGUUGAGUUAGAGCACAGGGCAUACUGGGCUAUAAAGCAAUUGAACAUAGAUUGGAAAGCUGCUUGCAAUAGAAGAUUGCUUGAGUUAAAUGAGAUUAAAGAAUUCAGGGCACAAACAUAUGGGGAUGCUAAACUUUAUAAGGAGAAGACCAAGUGUUGGCAUGAUAAGAGAGUUAUACCAUUACAGUUUGAACCAGGACAACGGAUGUUGUUAUUCAAAUCAUGGUUGAAACUGUUUCCUGGCAAAUUGAAAUCCUGCUGGUCAAGUCCCUUUGAAAUAGCCAAAGUAUACCCUCAUGGAGCAGUUGACGUGAAAUGUUAUUUAGGAAGAAGUGAAAGGAUGAACAUAAUAGAAAGCAGUGCCACCAUAACAGUUGCAUAG